CAUGGUAACUCUCAGGGUCUGCUAUCGUACGCACGUAGGUAGGGUGUGCACCGUCUUUCCCAUGCCCAUAUCUCACGCACACACCACCGUGUCACCGACUCGUUCAUUCGCUUAGAGCCCCCCACCCCCUCUCUCUCCCUCUCCCUAAAACCACCCCCAUUUGAUACAAUUCAUCUUCUUCAAAUACAUGUGAUUGAUCAUCUAAAUUUCAUUUCAGAAGGUUUAAUUUCAAAGUGUCUUAGGGUUUCGCAAGAAAGUUAAAAGGGGGUUUCUUUUGCAUGGGAAAAGGAUGCCAGAUUUGAGAAGUGGAGUUCGCCGAUCAAAGAGAAUCAACGAUAUCCAAGAAAAUGCUGCCGCUUUAGUUCCUGCUACCCGGCGUGGUGCUGGAAGAGGUGAUGACUCCAAAGCUCAAGCCAUAAAAUCACCUUCACCAAAGCCGUAUAAUCCAGCAUUUUUUUAUCCAAGGCCAAGGCCAGCUGGAAGAGGUAGAGGGGCUAGAGCAAUGAAUCAAGAUAAGAAUGGCAAGCUUUUUGGUACUGGAGUUGGUGGCCGGGGGCGUGUAGGUUUGGAUUUGGCUGCUAGAGAGGUGGUCACCAUUCCAGAUGAAGUGGUUGCGGAGAAGGGUGCAGAAAAGUUGGCUGCUGUGGAGGAGGAAGGAAGCGCAAGUCCACUUCCUGAGAAGGUACAGAUUUCCAAUUCCCCUAUGUACAAGCUAGACAGAAAGCUGGGUAAAGGGGGUUUUGGGCAAGUUUAUGUUGGAAGAAGGGUAACUGGUGGCACAGGGCGCACUGGACCUGAUGCUUUUGAGGUUGCUCUAAAGCUUGAGCAUCGGAAUGGUAAAGGCUGCAGUUAUGGCCCACCUUAUGAGUGGCAAGUCUACAGCACUCUUAAUGGUUGUUAUGGACUUCCCUUGGUCCAUUAUAAAGGUCGCCAAGGAGACUACUAUAUCCUUGUCAUGGACAUGCUAGGACCGAGUUUAUGGGAUGUAUGGAACUCUAACAGCCAGAUGCUGUCUGAGGAGAUGGUUUCCUGUAUAGCUGUUGAGGCUAUAUCAAUAUUAGAGCAGCUUCAUUUAAGAGGUUUUGUGCAUGGAGACGUAAAGCCAGAAAACUUUUUGCUUGGUCUGCCUGGAUCACCUAAUGAAAAGAAGUUGUAUUUAAUUGAUCUCGGUUUAGCUUCAAGAUGGAGGGAAGCGUCCUCUGGUCAUCAUGUGGAUUAUGACCAAAAGCCCGAUGUUUUCAGGGGAACUGUACGUUAUGCAAGCGUACAUGCUCAUUUGGGAAGGACCGGCAGCCGAAGGGAUGACCUUGAAUCAUUAGCUUAUACGCUAAUUUUCCUCCUCCGAGGAAAGCUUCCCUGGCAAGGUUUUAUUGGAGAGAAUAAAGGAUUUCUUGUUUGUAAGAAGAAGAUGGCAACUUCUCCUGAGAUGCUUUGUUGCUUAUGUCCUCCCCCUUUUCAACAGUUUCUUGAGAUGGUGACCAACAUGAGAUUUGAUGAAGAACCCAAUUACAUAAAGCUGAUUUCCCUUUUUGAUAACAGCAUUGGUUCCAUUGCAUCUUUGCGGCCUAUCAGAAUAGAUGGUGCUUUAAAGGUGGGUCAAAAAAGGGCAAGGCUUUCUGAGCAAGAAGAUGGUGGUCAGCCUAAGAAGAAAGUUCGGCUAGGUUCUCCAGCUAUGCAAUGGAUAUCAGUUUAUAACUCCAGAGCGUCGAUGAAGCAGAGAUAUCACUACAAUGUAAUGGAUUCAAGGCUUCAUCAGCAUGUGGAGAAAGGAAGGGAAGAUGGACUGUAUAUUAGCUGUGUAGCUUCGUCAACAAAUUUAUGGGCCAUCAUUAUGGAUGCAGGAACGGGGUUCACAUCCCAGGUUUAUGAACUCUCAACCAUUUUCUUACACAAGGAGUGGAUAAUGGAACAGUGGGAUAAGAACUUCUAUAUCACUUCCGUUGCUGGUGCAAGCAAUGGCAAUGCUUUGGUGGUGAUGUCAAAGGGGACCCCUUAUAAUCAACAAUCAUAUAAAGUGAGCGAUGUAUUUCCUUUCAAAUGGAUAAAUAAGAAGUGGAAAGAAGGCUUUUUUGUUACGUCCAUGACCACUGCAGGCAGCAGAUGGGGCAUUGUCAUGUCCCGAAAUGCAGGUUUUUCUAAUCAGGUUGUUGAACUUGAUUUCCUCUAUCCAAGUGAAGGGAUCCACAGAAGAUGGGAGAGUGGAUAUCGAAUUACCUCAACCGCUGCAACAGCAGAUCAAGCUGCAUUCAUACUCAGUACAUCCAAGAGGAGAACACAAGAUGUGACGCAAGAAACUCUCCGGACAUCUGCUUUUCCUUGCACCCAUGUUAAGGAUAAAUGGUCAAAGAAUCUGUACAUUGCAUCCAUCUGCUAUGGGAGAACUGUCUCUUAAAGUCUGGAAUUUGAAAGAGGAAACUCUGGUUGCAGGUUUAGUGGCAGGUUAGCGGUUUGCACAGAAGAAGUUGCCAGCCCCUCUGGAGAAAAUGUGGCGGAAGUCUUUCAAGUAUGUAAAGUUGGUCUUCUGGACAUGUGGAUAAUCAUAUGGCGCCCCAACAUCUUUCUUAGAAGAAUGCUUUCCUAGAGGGAGUUCAAAGCCUAGAUGUUUGUACAAUUCUUGGACACAAUGUCUCUGGUAUGUUUCAAUUUUGGCUUCAGAGGGUUGGGAUAGCAGUCUUGGAAGAUGGCCUCUUGGUGGGAACUGAAAUUUAGGGGUGUCUCCUGUUGGGGGAGUUACAAAGAAGUUAAACCCCAGAAUGUUGUUAUGUUGACAUAAACGGACCAGCUAUGUUAUAACUUUAUUUGAAGAGAUUAAAAGAGGAACAAGAAAAAGAACAAUUGGACCAAAUUUCAUAAAAACAA